CCUUGAAUUACGAGCAUGUAGAGACAUCCAGGUUUGCGUAGUAUCCAGCGACAAAUCAUCAUAUGAUCAGUCUUAUCGCCAUGGCUAGCAGCGUGUCUUGUAGCCAAUGUGCGUCGGCGCUGGCGUCGUGGGUCAAGGAGCGACUUCGGGGCCAGGAACGCCCCGGUCUGCAGUCCUUGAAGCGGUGCCGCAUCCAUCGUCACGCGCAACGUCAAACACACACACUUUGCUUCUUCAUCACAUUCCACCGACCAAAUCAAUCGCCGCGGUCAUGGCAUCGUCGACUGAUCUUAGCGCGCUUGCGACGCCGGCAUCGUGCACGGCAGACUUUUGUCUCAUCCCGCUCGGGACCCCCACAGCGUCCGUGUCAAAGGAAGUGGCAGAGGUGCAACGGCUCCUCAAGAAGAGCGGACUCAACUACUCGAUGCACUCUGCAGGCACGACGGUUGAGGGUUCAUGGGACGAGGUGAUGCGAGUCAUAGGGCAGUGCCACGCCAUGCUGCACCAAAACGGCAUUGUACGGAUUCAGAGCGACAUCAGGGUGGGGAGCAGGACGGACAAGAAGCAAGGCUUCAAGGACAAGGUUGCGGCUGUGGAGAGGCUGCUCAGCGAGGAUGCGAGUGCGUGAUGGGGCGUGUUUCGCAGGGCGCGUGAUGGAGCCGAGGGUGUAGGAUGAGUUGUCAUGGCUGGGGCUUGUCUCGGAUCCUUUCACAUGCGCGCAUGUUGUGUGUGUGUGUGUGUGUGUGUGUGUGUUGUGCGCUGUGCGUGGCCGUACAUACAUAGCACCUCGGGCGCAUGAAAAGCAAAUUAGACGUGGACAGCCGCCAAACCUACGCCUACACGCAGGCCCGGCAGAUCUGCCAGCCAAAGCGACGGGCCGUGGUUGAAACACGACUCUUGCG